CCCGCCCCCAGCCAGCCAGCCCGCCCCGGCGCUGCCCCGGUCGACCCUUACGGCGCGGCCAUGGCGCGCUCGCUCAACUCCAUCGUGGCCGUGAGCCAGAACAUGGGCAUCGGCAAGGACGGGCGGCUGCCCUGGCCGCCCCUCAGGAAUGAGUACAAGUACUUCCAGAGAAUGACUAGCACCUCUCAUGUGGAAGGUAAACAGAAUGCAUUGAUAAUGGGUAAAAAGACCUGGUUCUCUAUUCCUGAGAAGAACCGUCCUUUAAAAGACAGAAUUAAUAUUGUGCUCAGCAGGGAGCUCAAGGAAGCCCCAAAAGGAGCACAUUAUCUUUCCAAAAGUCUGGAUGAUGCUUUAGCUCUUUUGGAUUCACCAGAGCUAAAAAGUAAAGUAGACAUGGUUUGGAUCGUUGGAGGCACUUCAGUUUACAAGGCAGCAAUGGAGAAACCGAUUCAUCAUCGAUUGUUUGUGACAAGAAUCUUGAAGGAAUUUGAAAGUGACACAUUUUUUCCAGAAAUUAACUAUAAAGACUACAGACUUCUCACAGAGUACCCAGGUGUCCCUGCUGAUAUCCAAGAAGAGAAUGGGAUCCAGUACAAAUUUGAAGUGUAUGAAAAAGCUGUUGUGCCUCAGUAAAUGAGACAUUCUGUACUUCUGUGUAAGGAUAGGCAUUUUAAAUCCAGAAGUCUUACUGAAUGUAAAUAUACAUUAAAUUUUUGAGAGCAAAUCAUA